CAGUUAGUCUUGAAACCAGUUCAGCUUGACUGACUCCGGUGCCAUCUCACCAUUUCUUUGAAAGCUUUAUCAAAUGUUUGUCCGUGAUUUUGUGCUCUUGUCUCUGACAUUCUUAUUGUGUCUGUUCACGUCAAGAGGAGAAGAAUUAUGGCGGGAAGAUGUGACUGGGCGUAUGAACAUUGGUGUGACGGCUUCGGGGUUCGAUCAGAUCCGGCUAGACUGCGGUAGCAACAAUUUUCAAGUGGUAGUAGAGACACUGGCCGAUUUUAGAGGAGUCAUAUACACCAGAGGCAGCUUCUAUUCACGAAAGGCACCGUGCUUUCUAGAUGCUAACGGUGGCCGUCGUUUUCGGCUCAAAAUACCAUACGAUCAGUGCAAUGUUGAGGAUGAUGGAGAAAAGUUUCAAGUGACUCUCAUCUUACAGCAUGAUAAGGAGCUCAUUAUGCCAGGAGACGGAGCUUUUGCACUGCAAUGUGAUCUGUCAGCCAAAGAUUCAAAAUCUUUUAAAGUAUCUGCCGUGUCCAGUAUCAGUUUAGCUGAUCCGGAUCCUUCCGGAAAAGAUGUUCCAACUCAUUUGAAGUCCACUGUGAGCGCUCCAAACGUAGUUGUCUUCAAGCCGUCCGAUAUCAGACCAAGAAAGUCACCGCAAAGGAUCGAGCUAUAAUUGUGAAUAUUUGUUUUUUGAUUGUGUACAUCCCACAUUGGAUGUCAUAGACGGGGAUCAUCUACACUAAAAUAUAAAAAUAAAGACAAA